GGAGCAGGUCUGGAUUAUUAAAUAUUUGAUUUCCAUACCCCUGAGGUGUCUCACUUCCGGAGCCACCGACUCCGAAAUCCUAUAAAAGGAUUCCUAUUGUCCUGCUCCUCAAGCCAUUUCUGGUUUCAUUUGGUGCUUGCUGGUGGAGAAUUGGCCUCCCCCCUUCCCCCCAAAAAUGCGCCGCCCGACCGGUUGCCCGCUGAGCCAGAUCUGCAUCCCCCCUCCCGCCGUCCUGGUGAGAAGCUUCCCCGUGAGGUCCAGCCUGGAUCCCUGCGGCACCAGCGGCAGCUUCCAGUGCCUCCCUCCGCGCGUGAGCCCCGGCUGCUACCCCGGCACCACCACCUAUGUCAGCCUGGGGGGCCUGGGCGCGGCCGCCGGCUGUGCCGAUCCGUGCAGCCUCGUGGCCACCACGUGCGUCCCCCCACGCUGCCAGGGGGUGGCCAGGGGCACGUGUGGCAACCCCUGCUGCUGCUGCUGCCGGGUGACCGAGUGCAGCACCACGAGCCGGGGUUCCUGCAGCCAGGAGGUGGCCAAGUGCUCCACAACCUGCCAGGAUGCGUGUGGUCAGGAGGUCAGCAAGCGCACAACCACGUGCCAAGAUCCGUGCGGUCAGGAGGUCACCAAGUGCACCACGACGUGUGUGGAUCCAUGUUGCCAGGAGGUCACCAAAUGUGUCACCACGUGCCAAGAUCCGUGUUGUAAGGGAGUCACCACGUGCACCACCACGUGCACCACCACGUGCACCACCACGUGCCAGGAUCCGUGUUGUCAAGAGGUCACCAAGUGCACCACCACGUGUGUGGAUCCAUGUUGUAAGGAGGUGACCAAGUGCACCACAACAUGUGUUGAUCCCUGCUGCCAGGAGGUCACCAAGUGUGUCACCACAUGCCAAGAUCCCUGCUGCAAGGAAGUGACCACGUGCACCAGGACAUGUGUUGAUCCCUGUUGUAAAGAGGUGACCAAGUGCACCACCACGUGUGUGGAUCCAUGUUGUAAGGAGGUCACCAAGUGCGUCACCACAUGUGUGGAUCCAUGUUGUAAGGAGGUCACCAAGUGCGUCACCACAUGUGUGGAUCCGUGCUGCAAGGAGGUCACCAAGUGUGUCACCACAUGUCAAGAUCCCUGCUGCAAGGAAGUGACCACGUGCACCACCACGUGUGUGGACCCGUGCUGCAAGGAGGUCACCAAGUGCUCGACCACGUGUGUGGAUCCAUGUUGUAAGGAGGUCACCAAGUGCUCCACCACAUGCCAAGAUCCCUGCUGCAAGGAAGUGACCACGUGCACCACAUGUGUGGAUCCAUGCUGUCAGGAGGUGACCAAGUGUGUCACCACGUGUGUGGAUCCGUGCUGUCAGGAGGUCACCAAGUGUGUCACCACGUGUGUGGAUCCGUGCUGUCAGGAGGUGACCAAGCGUGUAACCACGUGUGUGGAUCCGUGCUGUCAGGAGGUGACCAAGCGUGUAACCACGUGUGUGGAUCCGUGCUGUCAGGAGGUCACCAAGUGUGUCACCACGUGUGUGGAUCCGUGCUGUCAGGAGGUCACCAAGUGUGUCACCACGUGUGUGGAUCCGUGCUGUCAGGAGGUGACCAAGCGUGUAACCACGUGUGUGGAUCCGUGCUGUCAGGAGGUCACCAAGUGUGUCACCACGUGUGUGGAUCCGUGCUGUCAGGAGGUCACCAAGCGUGUAACCACGUGUGUGGAUCCGUGCUGUCAGGAGGUCACCAAGUGUGUCACCACGUGUGUGGAUCCGUGCUGUCAGGAGGUGACCAAGCGUGUAACCACGUGUGUGGAUCCGUGCUGUCAGGAGGUGACCAAGUACACGACCGUCUGUGUGAAUCCGUGUGGCAAGAAAGCCGCCAAGUGCCUCACGCCGUGUUACGACCCCUGCUGCAAGAAAGUGACCAAGUGGAGCAGCCCGUGGGUGAUUCCGUGGUGCAGGAAAGGGGCCAAGUCCAGCACCAGAUGUGGGGAUCCCUGUUCCAAGAAGGGGACCAAGUGCAGCACCAGGUGUGUGGAUCCGUGUUACAAGAAAGUGUCCAAGUGCUCUGCCACGUGCCAAGACCCGCGUUGUGUGACCAGGUGUGUGGAUCCCUGUUGUCAAGAGGUCACCAAGUACAUCACCACGUGUGUGGAUCCAUGUUGUCGGGAGGUCACCAAGUGUGUCACCACGUGCCAGGAUCCCUGCUGCCGGGAGGUCACCAAAUGUACCACCAGAUGUGUGGAUCCCUGCUGCAGGGAGGUCACCAAGUGCAGAACCAGAUGUGUUGAUCCCUGCUGUCGGGAGGUCACCAAGUGUGUCACCAAGUGUGUGGAUCCAUGUUGUCAGGAAGUGACCAAGUGUGUCACCACAUGCCAAGACCCCUGCUGCCGGGAGGUCACCAAGUGCAUCACCAAGUGUGUGGAUCCGUGUUGUCAGGAGGUCACCAAGUGCAGAACCAGAUGUGUUGAUCCCUGCUGCCGGGAAGUCACCACGUGUGUGGAUCCGUGUUGUCAGGAAGUCACCAAGUGUGUCACCACGUGCCAGGAUCCCUGCUGCCAGGAGGUCACCAAAUGUACCACCAGAUGUGUGGAUCCCUGCUGCCAGGAGGUCACCAAAUGUACCACCAGAUGUGUGGAUCCCUGCUGCCAGGAGGUCACCAAAUGUACCACCAGAUGUGUGGAUCCCUGCUGCCAGGAGGUCACCAAAUGUACCACCAGAUGUGUGGAUCCCUGCUGCCAGGAGGUCACCACGUGUGUGGAUCCGUGUUGUCAGGAAGUCACCAAGUGUGUCACCACGUGCCAGAAUCCCUGCUGUGUCACCAGAUGUGCCACCAGGUGUGUGGAUCCGUGUUGCCAGGGAGUGACCAAGCGCAUCAGCACGUGCCAAGAUCCCUGCUGCCAGGAGGUGACCAAGUGCACCACCAGGUGUGUGGAUCCCUGCUGUCAGGAGGUUACCAAGUGCAUCACCACGUGCCAAGAUCCGUGUUGUGCCACCAGAUGUGCCACCAGAUGUGUUGACCCAUGCUGCCAGGAGGUCACCAAGUGCACCACCAGGUGUGUGGAUCCCUGCUGCCAGGAGGUGACAAAGUGCAUCACCACGUGCCAAGAUCCAUGUUGUGCCACCAGAUGUGCCACCAGAUGUGUGGAUCCCUGCUGCCAGGGAGUGACCACCUGCACCACCACGUGCCAAGACCCCUGCUGCCAGGGAGUGACCACCUGCACCACCAUGUGCCAAGACCCCUGCUGCCAGGGAGUGACCACCUGCCAAGACCCCUGUUGCCAGGGAGUGACCACCUGCACCACCACGUGCCAAGACCCCUGCUGCCAGGGAGUGACCACCUGCCAAGACCCCUGCUGCCAGGGAGUGACCACCUGCACCACCACGUGCCAAGCCCCCUGCUGCCAGGGAGUGACCACGUGCCAAGACCCCUGCUGCCAGGGAGUGACCACCCGUGCCACCACCUGCCAAGCCCCCUGCUGCGUCCCCAGCUGUGCCCCUCCGUGCGCGGAUCCCUGCUGUGCCACCCCCUGUGCCCCGCAGUGCCGCGGGGGUGUCCAGGCUGUCACCAGGUGUGCGGACUCCUGUCCCACCACCUGUGUCACCCAGACCUGCCCGGUGUGUGGCCAGCGCUGCUCCGUUUCCUGCGCCGGUGUCCGCUGCCCGAAAUUCCGGGCUCCCUGAGGGGCUCCGGGGUGGGAUCCUAAGGAGGCCCUGCUCCCUGUGGGGGUUUCCCUGUGGAAUCUCCAAAGGAAGAGUAAAUCCUCUUUUUUCCUCGUGUUCUGCACCGUUCCUGCUGGUUUUACCUCAAGAAAGCGCCUUUCCUCGCGGGAUGUAACCGAGCGAUUUUGUGCCCCCGGGAAUGUUCCCUGGGAGAAAGAUUCCGCAGUUCCUCCUCGCACUGGAAAUGUGGAGAGAGGAAUUUCCCUCUUUGUUCUUCCUUGUGAUCUUUUCCUUUCCAUGUCUGAAGUAAUAAAAGAAACGAUCUUGGCA